UUCUGACCCCCAAGAUUUCAUAUUGAAUAUCCUGUAUUAUGAGAAAAUUAAAUGGGUUGCACAUGACCGUUCACACUGAUUUUCAGUGACAUUUGACAAAUAUUUACUUUGGCUUUCAUAUGCCAUGUUUUUACCUCCUGUGUUUUCUCUCCUCUCUCUCCCAAUCAGGCCUCCCCAUCUGUGACCACUCAGCCUCUUCCUUUUGGUCUGGAAAGGGAGAAACAUAUUGACAUGCUCUUCAGAGCUUUCCAUAGGCAGAUUAGACCUACUACAGACACGCAAGACCUCACUCCUGCGCUCCAGGAUACAGGCAGGACAAGAGGAGAGGACGGAGGACCUGCAUGGAAAGAGACAGUCAAUGACAGUAAAAGACUGGGAAAACUGUCUGCUCUGAAAACAGUCACAAGACUUAAUAUUGCUGCCAGACCAGAACUGCAAGGUCCACAGUGUGUAGCCCGGAGAACAUACAGCAUCUCCACUGAAACCAGGGACCGGCUCUUUGUGGAUGUCGAGGAGAGCGCAUGCAUGUGUAUGCAAUGCUGCGGUCCAGCUCGAGCCUGUUCACUACAAGGCUUUGAUAAGGAUGCAGAGUGUGUUUUCCUGUUUGAGAGGCCCCUGAGAGCUGAGAUGUGCUGGCUCGGCUGCUGCCUGAUGGAAAUAAGGGCCUACACACCAGAGAGAGAGCUUAUUGGGACAGUUCAUCAAAGGUGGAGCAUGUUCACGCCGUAUUUCGAGAUCUGUGACUCCGAGGGCAUCUCAGCUGUGAGGAUCCAGGGCUCCUGUUGCAAUACACGCUGCCUCUCUGAGCAGGAGCUGCAGCAGGUGGUUUCCAGUAUUGGUGAGAUUAUCGGGUGCAUAUGGAAAAGGUGGCCUGGAUAUAAUGAGGAAUGUAACAUGGAUCACGAGUAUUUUGGACUGGAUGUACCUCAAGGAAUGAAUUUGAACACCAAAGUGCUGUUACUAGCUGCUGCCUUCCUGCUGAAUCAUAUGUUUUUUGAGAUGAGCUAAGUAGGAGAUGAAAGACAUCAGCUUCACCUGCUAACAUCAGCUCAGAAGUGAAGUGUGAACCCAACAAUAUAGAACUAUGGUGACGAGAUGGAACACUGCAUCGUCUUUCUAUGACAACUACAAGGAACAUGGAUUGGUGAUGCUUUUCUGAGCUAACGGCAUUUGAGCUGUGUUGUGAAAGCCACUUUACACCUGAACAAUUAAUUAAAUUGAACUAAAUAUUAAACCUAUACAGUUAUAUCACAUUUGAUACACAAAUUAGGCCUCUAAAUUAAUAACAUGGUCAAAACCUGUGAUAAACAAUCUACUACAUGACUUCUCUCAUCUUAUCUAUAGUUCAGACUUUUUUAGCAAGUGAAAGGCCUUUUAGUAUAAUUCCUAAUAAUUACCCUAAGAAUAACUUUUAUAUUUUCAAUAUUUCAGCAUGAACAUCAGCAUGACUGAGGCAAGGUUUACUUGAUUAUCUAUCUAUCAUAGGAAAGUUUAGUUGUCCUCAAUCUCUCAAUCAUCAUUGUAUUACCUUGCAUCAUAUGUUUUGCCCCACAAUAAAAAACUAUAGAGCUUUGAUCAUAAAACUAAUAAUUAUUAAGAUAUUGUGAGAUAAAGAGUGACAGCUUAUAUUUAUAUGCAGUAGUCUAUAAGCAGUCUUCUAGAGUUCCAUCUUACUUUUUGGCCUUAUAAAUGUCAGAAACUCAGUUUAGGCCUUUGAAUUUUUUUUUUUUUUUUUCAUCAAAACUGAGCUAUCAUAUGAGCCAUAAAUGUAAGGGUUACAGGGUUAAAUGUUCAAUGCAUGCUUUUGUAAUAAAAAUAUAUAAUAUUACAAUAUAUUACAAACAUAUAUUAUUUCUGCAUAUAAUAAAGAUUGUUUGUUGGUUAGUUUAUAAUUGUUUACAGGCCAGCCACAGUAUCACAAUUAUCUUUAUGGCACGAAACAGGUUAAAUUAUGAAUAAAACAAAAUUAAAACAACUAAAUCGAUUUCAUAUGGCCUAUUCAGCCUGUCAUGUUUUGAUUUAGGCUAUUUAAGGCCCUGUUUCUUAAAGGAAAUUUACUAGAUAAAUAUUUUCCAUAGUUUGACAUAUUUUACCCAAAAAUUCUUCAUACAGUGGACUACCAGUAAAACUGAAAA